GGUGUUAAAAUUGAUUAAAAUAGUAAAAUUUAAUAAAUGAUACAACUGUAUGGACUUAUUUGGAUAUUAUAAGAAAAUUUAUAUGAAUAUUUUUAAUAUUGUAAAAUGGCUAAAUUGAAAAAGAUGGUUUUUUAAUGGAAUUUAAAGUGAAAAAAAAAUUUUCACCCCCCACUUUGUUUGAUCGAAAAUGAAGAACUAGUUAAAGUGAAAAAUUUUAUCAAUUUCGAUUGUAUAAUAAUUAUCUUUAGUAUCAAAAAAAUUACAGUAUAUAGACGGAGUAAUUUGCUUUUAUUAUUAUUCUUUAGUCUGUACGCGUUGACGUUACUCAUUUGUUAAAUUAAAUUUAAAAAAAAAAAAAUAAAUAAAUAAAAGAAAAUUCGAUGGGACACCGUUUUAGUAAACCAAUUUAUAAGGAUCAUAAAAGUUCCGGUAAUGAUAAUAACACUGCCAUCUAUGAAAUAUAUAAUAAUGAAAUUGAUAAUAAUCAAUUGAUGAAGGAUAACAGUAGUAAUAAAUUAAUAAAUUGUCAUCAAAAUUUACAACAACAAAUAUUAAAUGUUCAAUCACAAUUUAUAACAAAUCCAUUAAAACAACCAAAAACAACAGCAGGAACAGCAACAAUAACAGAAACAUUAACUGAUGUUGGAACAAUACCAGCAUCUCUAGCAACAACAUCUAUAACAUAUCCUAUGAAUAAUACCACUAUUAAUACAACAUCAUUAUCAUCAUCAUCAUCAACAACAACAUUAUCAUCAACAUCGGCUGUAGGUCAACAAUUUAUUAUUAAAAUUCAAUUAACAAAAAUGGAAACUGAUCAACAGCAACCAACAACAACAACAAAUUUUGAAAUAAUUAAUAAAACCGAAAAUCAUCCGAAUAAUAUGAAUAUUAUGAAUCAUUCAACAAAUAAUUUUAUUAAUAAUAAUAAUAGUAUUAGUGGUGGUAGUGGUAACAGUAGUAGCAGUGACAAUAAUAUCAGCAGUAUCAAUAGUAAUUGCAACGGCAUUGGUACAAUUAAUAAUCUUAAUAAUAAUAAUAAUAUUCGGUUAUUUGAUAAUUCUGAUAUGAAUAUAAUAGCGGUUUCAUCAUCAUCAUCAUCAACAUCCUCAAAAUCAGCAUCAGUUUCGAAUUGUGAAUUUCAAAGUAAUAAUAACAAUCAAUGUUUUAUAAAUAAUUUAUCAGCAGUAAAUAAUAAUAAUAGAAUCUUAAAAUCACAUAAUAAUAAUAUGAAUAUUAUUAAUAAUAGUAUAGAAGAGAAUAUUUAUAAUAAUUCUGAUGUAAUGAAUGAUAUAAGUUCUCAAUUGAAUAAAUGUAAUUUAGAUGCAAACAAUGAUGAUGUUAUACAAAAUAUUCCAUUACCUGAUUAUCAAAUAAUGAAUGCGGUUAAUAAUAAUAACAAAAAUAAGCAAACUGCAGUCUCAGAUAGUAUUAUUAAUUUGGAAAAAGAUGUUUGUGAUAAAAAGCAGCACUGUUCUCGAAGGAAAAAACUUUUAUCAUCAUCUGCUUAUCCCCUUUCAAAAAGAAAAUGUUGUAAAUGUUCCUGUCGAGAUACAGGUAAAAAAGAAGUAAUGAUUGAUUCCAGCAAAAGUAAAAACAACGUAUCUUCAGUUGAUCAAUCUACAAAGUUAACAAAAAAUUCAUCAGAAAAAUCAUGGACAGCUCGUUUUACCGGUGGUUUGAAAAAUAAAACCGAUUCAAAAAUUAAUUCUCAAAAAACUCAAUCGACAAAUGAUAAUCAAAAAAGUAAUAUAAAUGUUUCUAAUUCGUUAACUGCAACAUCAACAAAUUCAAAUCCUGUUGGCCAAUCUACUACAGCCGCUGUUAUGGUUGUACGACCACAAAACUCAAAUUCUGUACCAAUUCUUGGUGAAAGGUUUCGAAAUCAACCAGGUACAAAUCAAUUAGCUAUUUGGGCAGACAAUCAAAUGUUAGUUGUACAAAUUCCACAAGCAUCACAGUUAGUACUUGAACGUUUCGAAAAUAUUGAUGCACACGGUAAUCGUAUUCAUACAACAACAUCACGAUCAGAUGCUGAAACACAAUCAGAAUUUAAUGAUUGUUCAAAUAAUGUUAAUCCUAAUCAAUGGCCAUCAUUAAUAUCUGGUAUUAAAUUUACAACACCUAUUGGACCUAAAGUACAUUCACAAGAAGAUUUUAUACAUUGUUUAGUACCAGAUUUAGAAAAAAUUACUGCAUCAAGCUUUUAUUGGGGUAAAAUGGAUCGUUAUGAAGCUGAAAGAUUAUUAGAUGGUAAACCGGAAGGUACAUUUUUGUUAAGAGAUUCUGCGCAGGAGGAAUAUUUAUUUUCUGUAACAUUUAGAAAAUAUGACAGAUCAUUACAUGCUCGUAUCGAACAAAUGAAUCAUAAAUUCAGUUUUGAUUGUCAUGAUCCUGGAGUAUUUACAGCACCAACAGUAACCGGUUUACUUGAACACUAUAAAGAUCCAACAUGUGUUAUGUUUUUUGAGCCAAUGUUAACAAUACCAUUGAAUAGAAAUUUUCCAUUUUCAUUACAACAAUUAUGUCGAGCGACAAUUGUUAGUAAUAUAUCAUAUGAUGGUAUUAAUGAAUUACAACUACCAAAUAGUUUAAAAGCAUAUCUUAAGGAAUAUCAUUAUAAAUUACGUGUCCGUGUGAAACCUUUUGAUGAAACAUUUUAUGCAUGUUCCUAGUGGUACUGAUGUUUACUUUAUUUUAAGAAUAAAACAUUUAAAACAUAUAAUAAUAUAGGAAAAUUGAAAGUAAUUAGAUGGUUUUCUAAAAGAUUUAGAAAUGGAAGAAAUAAGAAGCAAUAAAAUUGGCCCUUUACUAAUAUAAUAAAUUUUUAUAUAAAUAAUUAAUAAAUGUAGUAAAAAAUUUUAUAUGAAGACAAAACAAAACAAAAAGCACAUAACUUUUAAAGCUACAAAAACAUAAACUAAUUUUUUUUAUAAAAAUAUUUUAUUUUUAGAAAAAAUAAUUAACAUAUCUGAUAAAAAGAAUGAUAGUGAUUAUAAAAGAGGGAUACUAGAUGCUUUC